AGUCGAACGCGGAACGAGGGAGCAGGCAGAAGCCGGCGCCGGGCUGUUGUUCAGCAGGCCUGCGUUGGCUUUGGGCCGCGGGCCUCCCAGCUAGGGACUCUGCGCCUGCGCCCGCCCGGCCGCCGCUAACUCUCCCGGCGCGGCCGCGAUCCCGGUGGCAGUGCGCCGCCUCGGAGUCUGGGCGAUCCAUGGGCAGAGGCGAGGGUCACGAUGACAGAUUACGGCGAGGAGCAGCGCAACGAGCUGGAGGCUCUGGAGUCCAUCUACCCCGACUCCUUCACAGUAUUAUCAGAAACUCCACCCAGCUUCACCAUUACUGUGACAUCUGAGGCUGGAGAAAAUGACGAAACUGUCCAGACUACGCUCAAGUUUACAUACAGUGAAAAAUACCCAGAUGACGCUCCCCUUUAUGAAAUAUUCUCCCAGGAAAAUCUAACAGAUAUUGAUGUCUCAGACAUUUUAAAAUUAUUAGCAUUACAGGCAGAAGAAAACCUUGGUAUGGUAAUGAUCUUUACUUUAGUGUCAGCUGUGCAAGAAAAGUUAAAUGAAAUAGUAGAUCAAAUAAAAACUAGAAGAGAAGAAGAAAAGAAACAAAAAGAAAAAGAAGCAGAAGAAGCUGAAAAGCAAUUGUUUCAUGGCACUCCUGUUACAAUUGAGAAUUUCCUAAGUUGGAAGGCCAAGUUUGAUGCAGAACUCUUGGAAAUUAAAAAGAAACGAAUGAAAGAAGAUGAACAAGCAGGAAAAAAUAAAUUAAGUGGGAAACAGCUAUUUGAAACAGAUCAUAACCUUGACACAUCUGAUAUCCAGUUCUUGGAGGAUGCUGGAAAUAAUGUGGAAGUAGAUGAGUCUUUGUUCCAGGAAAUGGAUGACUUGGAGCUGGAGGAUGAUGAGGAUGAUCCAGAUUACAAUCCUGCUGACCCAGAGAGCGACUCGACCGACUAAUGGACUGUCCCCAUCUGCAGAGAGGCAUGACUGCCACAGCAUCUGUGGCUAUGCUGAGAGGGUUUUGAUUUUCCUUUCUUUUUUUCUAAGAAAAAAUAAUUCCCAGGAGAAUAUUCUUCUGAUAACUUUCAUCAUUGAACUUAAUAAACUGACCUUAAAAUUUCAAAUAUAAAAUGUUUAAUUCCUCUUGUGAUGGAUAGAAAGUCAUCUGUUUAGAAUCAUUUAGUGCUGGAGAGAGAUCCUGCGUAUAACACCAAGACUUGAAGAGAGGCUUCUGCUGUGCACAAGCAUGGGCUUAUACGCAAUGAACUGGAAUAACUCGGAAUUUCUGCCCUGGAGGCAGUGUUUGCUUUUGGGUUCUGUGUUGUCAUUCAUAUAAAGUAUUAGAGGUCUGAGGUGAAGAGAACAUUAAACCUUCAAGAUUCUAGCCUUUAGGCAUGAUAAAUGUAGGUCUUAAUAAAACCGUAGCCUAUAUUAUAGCCGGAAAUACAAUUUUAACCUAUACUAUUUGAAUCAUAGUAUUUUAGUCUAUAGUAGUAUUUGAAUCAAAAUCAUCUAUGGAGUUGGUUUUUUUUUUUAAACGUGUACUUCUUGGCUCUUCUCAGAUUCAUAAUCAUUGAGCCCCAAUCUGAAUAAUAAAACAGGAAAAUCUCACAUACCAGUCACACAGUGGUUCUGAAGCACACUCCUGCUUAAGAAGCACUGUCCUACAGUUGUGAAAACUUGAAGUCUAUGUAUUUUGGUGUUCCCUCUUUCUAGUUACCCAGUGUGAAAGGAUCUUGGGGUUGCGUAUUGUCUGCAACAGCAGCCACACAUCAACAUCCAUGUACAUAUGGAACCUUCAUAAUACUUUGGAGUGACUGACUUGGGGGCCAGAUAUGUACAAGCAGGAGAGCCAGGCUUCAUGUAAGUUAAUCCAGUCACUCCAAUUUUAGAGGAUUGACUCAACUCCAAUAGGAAAUCACUUGUGCUAUAGCAAAUUGCUGCCUCCAGUCAAAAAUAUACACCACAUCCCCACGAACACAGCAGUAUGAAUACCACAUUUAUUUUUGGAGUCAGACCUUAUGGUUAAAAAUAAAUUAUUUAAGAUAAUCAAAACUAUCAUUAGGGAGUUUAAUACUUUCCAGGGAAUAGCAGUAAUGUUGAGGAUUUCUGUGCAGAGAGAAUCGCAAAAGUUUGUUAUGUGAGAUUCUUGCUUUUCCUAGGGAGAGAUCCUUUGUCAAGCUGAUCAGCAGGUGCAUGGAACCAGGAAGAAGCCAUUCAAUUAA